CCUUGUUCUCCCUCGGUCCCUCCCUCCAUCGUUUCACCUCCUCUCCCCCAGCCCACAAGCUCUUCUCCUCCCUCGCACUCAACGCAUCGCCCUUGGCCUGCACGGCGCGAGCGAGCCCGUCGCUGCGCGUGGGUACGUCUCCGUCCAAAGCUACGCGCGGCAGAUGAGCUGCACGGCCGGCGCCGCCUCGGGCGACGUCCUCCCGGCGCUGCCGCCGAUCAGGACCAAGGAGUCGCCGGCGGCGCCCGAGCCCGCUCGCUCUUCGUCGGCCUCGUCGUCCACGGCGCCGCACGUGGAGCCGCUGCCGUCGCGGGCGGCGGAGAAGGAGGCGGAGGGCCGAGAACCGGAGCCCACGACGCCCACGUCGGAGGAGAGCAGGCUCCAGCCGCCGACCAAGUGCCCGCCGGCGCCGCGGAAGCCGGCGUGGGCUCCGACGCCUGGCGCCAAGCGUAAGCUCCAGUCUUCCUCGGCGCCGUCGGUGCGGCGGGCCUUCUUCCCCGUCGCGCGUGACCUCUCCGUCGUGUUCCGGUCCCUGCCGCCCAAGAAGCGGAUCCGGGCGGGCUGAUGAGAUCGUCGACGCCGCAGCUGAAUUGGCCGUAAUUCAUGUGCUCCAUGGUACCAUGACCGAUUACUGGUGGAUUCUUGGAGUUCUUGUCUUGCCUUUUCUUUCUCUUUGGUUUCCACGGCCAUGGCAUGGUACAAAACUCUCGUACAAAUAAUGUCUUUUUUUUGUCUUUUAGGGGUUUGUGUGGAGUUGAAAUUGUAGAAUUGGAAAAGGUUGUUAAUUAUAGGGGUGAUGAAUGGAAGAAGAAAACUUUGUAAGAGAAUUCCCAGAGAUCUGUUAAUUAUAUACAUUUUAUUUAUUGUUCUCAAAAUUGCGAGCUCA